AUGCUGCAGACCCUUCCACAGAAAAGCCUGCAAUCACAAGAAGACACAAGAGGCGACUGGAAGCAACUGAGCCCCCCCCCCACAAAUGAAACUUUAACAUCCAGCCACUUAAGAUCGUCAAGGGAAGACUGGCUCUUUGGUCCCAAACCGGUGGGGGAUGAUUUAGAAGGAGGGACCAUAGAAGAGGAGCGCCAGAUGAGUGUCUGCAGUACGAUGACCAACAGCUCAGUGUGGAUGGGGCUGGGAAACACUGGAGCGCUGCCUGGUUUUCACUAUGAAGACGGUGGUCAACAGCCUCCACCCGCUCCUGGUCUGCCCCUCAAAAGCGCCAUUGCCCCGCACCCUCCAGUCAAACGGUUUUCCAUUAAUAUCAAAGAAGAUUCAUCGCCGGCUUCUGUGACUAGAGAAGUUUUGAGUAUGGAAGACCCACUCGUCGCUCCGGUGAACAACUUGAGGGUUCAUUUCAAAGAAGAGGAUGGAUCAGUGCUGUUUGAGAGCUACGUCCCUCCGUCUAGAGACGCCGUGCACAUGCCCACCUACGUCCUGUACCUGAUCAUCGCCAUGUUUACGGUUCUGUCCGUGCUCUACGCCAUCAUCGGACACCUCAUCAAAGACCUCCUCCACGACUGUGCGGAUUGGUUGUUUGGGGCUCAACCAGAGGAGGUGGAGGUCAACUACUGUGAAGCCAAAGAUAAGUUUAUAGCAGACUGGACUCCGGAAACAUCACCUGAGCUGGAGGCCAUGGCCAGAGCCGAGGAGAAGAAUUCAUUUGACAAAGAUUUUCUCAGAGCUCCGGCCGUCUGGAUUAUCUCAGAAGUGGUGGACGCUCGCUCCAACAGAGGUCCCGCUCGAGUAGUGUUUGGAAAGAAGACGUAG